CGGAACCGGCCUUGGAACAGCGGCAGGGCCUGAGGCCGCUUGCCCUCCCGCCCCAUGGAGCGGCCCCCGGGGCUGCGGCCGGGCGCGGGCGGGCCCUGGGAGAUGCGGGAGCGGCUGGGCACCGGCGGCUUCGGGAACGUCUGUCUGUACCAGCAUCGGGAACUUGAUCUCAAAAUAGCAAUUAAGUCUUGUCGCCUAGAGCUAAGUACCAAAAACAGAGAACGAUGGUGCCAUGAAAUCCAGAUCAUGAAGAAGUUGGACCAUGCCAAUGUUGUAAAAGCCUGUGAGGUUCCUGAGGAACUGAAUUUUUUGAUUAAUGAUGUGCCUCUUCUAGCAAUGGAAUACUGUUCUGGAGGAGAUCUCCGGAAGCUACUUAACAAACCAGAAAAUUGUUGUGGACUUAAAGAAAGCCAGAUACUUUCUUUACUGAGUGAUAUAGGGUCUGGGAUUCGAUAUUUGCAUGAAAACAAAAUUAUACAUCGAGAUCUAAAACCUGAAAAUAUAGUUCUUCAGGAUGUUGGUGGAAAGAUAAUGCAUAAAAUAAUUGAUCUGGGAUAUGCCAAAGACAUUGAUCAAGGAAGUCUAUGCACAUCUUUUGUGGGAACACUGCAGUAUCUGGCCCCAGAGCUCUUUGAGAAUAAGCCUUACACAGCCACUGUUGAUUAUUGGAGCUUUGGGACCAUGGUGUUUGAAUGCAUUGCUGGAUAUAGACCUUUUUUGCAUCAUCUGCAGCCAUUUACCUGGCAUGAGAAGAUUAAGAAGAAGGAUCCUAAAUGUAUAUUUGCAUGUGAAGAGAUGACAGGAGAAGUUCGGUUUAGUAGCCAUUUACCUCAACCAAAUAGCCUUUGUAGUUUAAUAGUAGAACCCAUGGAAAACUGGCUACAGUUGAUGCUGAACUGGGAUCCUCAGCAGAGAGGGGGACCUGUUGAUCUUACUUUGAAGCAGCCAAGAUGUUUUGUAUUAAUGGAUCACAUUCUGAAUUUGAAGAUAGUACACAUCCUAAAUAUGACUUCUGCAAAGAUAAUUUCUUUUCUGUUACCACCUGAUGAAAGUCUUCAUUCACUACAAUCUCGUAUUGAGCAUGAAACUGGAAUAAAUACUGGUUCUCAAGAGCUUCUUUCAGAGAUGGGAAUUUCUCUGGAUCCUCGAAAACCAGCCUCUCAAUGUGUUCUAGAUGGAGUUAGAGGCUGUGAUAGCUAUAUGGUUUAUUUGUUUGAUAAAAGUAAGACUGUAUAUGAAGGGCCAUUUGCUUCCAGAAGUUUAUCUGAUUGUGUAAAUUAUAUUGUACAGGACAGCAAAAUACAGCUUCCAGUUGUACAGCUGCGUAAAGUAUGGGCUGAAGCAGUGCACUAUGUGUCUGGGCUAAAAGAAGACUACAGCAGGCUCUUUCAGGGACAAAGAGCAGCAAUGUUAAGUCUUCUUAGGUAUAAUGCUAACUUGACAAAAAUGAAGAACACUUUGAUCUCAGCAUCACAGCAACUGAAAGCUAAAUUGGAGUUUUUUCACAAAAGCAUUCAGCUUGACUUGGAGAGAUAUAGUGAGCAGAUGACUUAUGGGAUAUCUUCAGAAAAAAUGCUAAAAGCAUGGAAAGAAAUGGAAGAAAAGGCCAUCCACUAUGCUGAGGUUGGUGUCAUUGGAUACCUUGAGGAUCAGAUUAUGUCCUUGCACACUGAAAUCAUGGAGCUACAGAAGAGCCCCUAUGGAAGACGCCAGGGUGACUUGAUGGAAUCUCUAGAACAGCGUGCCAUUGAUCUAUAUAAGCAGUUAAAGCACAGAACUUCAGAUCACUUCUACAGCGACAGCACAGAGAUGGUGAAGAUAAUAGUGCAUACCGUGCAGAGUCAGGACCGUGUUCUCAAGGAGCUGUUUGGUCAUCUGAGCAAGUUGUUGGGCUGUAAGCAGAAGAUUAUUGAUCUACUCCCUAAGGUGGAAGUGGCCCUCAGUAACAUCAAGGAAGCUGAUAAUACCGUCAUGUUUAUGCAGGGAAAGAGGCAGAAAGAAAUAUGGCAUCUUCUUAAAAUUGCCUGUACACAGAGUUCUGCCAGGUCUCUUGUAGGAUCCAGUCUAGAAGGUGCAGUAACCCCUCAGGCAUCAGCAUGGCUGCCCCCGACUUCAGAACGUGAACAUCCUCUGUCAUGCGUGGUAACUCCUCAAGAUGGGGAGACUUUGGCACAAAUGAUAGAAGAAAAUUUGAACUGUCUUGGCCAUUUAAGCACUAUUAUUCAUGAAGUAAAUGAGGAACAGGGCAGUAGUAUGAUGAAUCUUGAUUGGAGUUGGUUAACAGAAUGACUUGCCACUCGUUCACUGUCCCCAAACGUAUGGAAGUUGUUGCUGCAUAUGUUGGAAGUUUGUUUAUCCCCCAUGAAACCAAUCUUCAGACACCAGUCAAUGGAAGAAAUGGCUAUAAGAAACUAUGCAGGAUUUUACAAGCACAAUACUUUGAUUUUGAGUAAUUUUAACUUCUCAACAGAUAGGAUUUUAUAAAAAGUCAAUGGACUUGUUUAAAUAUUUGUUUUAAUACUACUGCUACUUAGGAGCAUCGUGACCCAUUUGUCUUCAAACUUGGUAAAACAUUACUUAUUUAACUGACUAAAAAUACCCUUUAAAGUUUUAACUUUUGUACGUCAGGCCAAAUAUUAUGUACGGAGAAGAAAACCUGAACUGGGGUUUUAAGUGAAAGUUGUCUACCUGUGUUUGUGUGGAAGAGACUGCUCACAAGUAAAAUUGUAUUUCAUGAAGAAUAAAUCCUACCUCCUUGUGUUGCACUCAACAAGUGCUCUUCCUGGCAUCAUAAGGAGUUAGUUUAAUUCCAUUUUUAAUUUUACUGCACAUUUGACUGUAUCCUCUUCUUGUAGAAGGGAUCUUGUAUUGUGCCUUAGUACAAGUUGACUGUCAAAUCAUGUUAAGUGUGCUAUGUGUAUAUGUAUUUAAGAUGUACAUUUAAUAAUAUCAAAGAGAAGAUGCCUGUUAAUUUAUAAUGUAUUUGAAAGCUUGUAUGUUUUUUCAUUUGUAAAAAUGAGUUUGUUUAAACAAUCUUUCAUGUCUUGUUAUUAAGGUCUGCACUCCCUUAUCUGUGAUUGUAAUUCCAAAAUCCAAAAAGCUCUGAAAACAAGAUUUUCAUAAGCUUAGUGACAAAACUUAUCAGCUUGCAAAUCUGAUCUGAACUGACAUUGAAUCUACUUAUCCCAUUUAGUGUGAAUAUUCAUUUAUUUUGCAGCAGAAAUAUUAACAUGUUUGAUUAUUGGGGGUGGGGAGGAGUCCUGCAACAGAGUCUGCUGAGCUGAGGGUUAAUAUAAUAUGGUACAUGCACUGAAUUACUUUUCUAAAAUUGGAAAAUGUCAUAAUUGUGAAACAUCCGGCCCCAAAGGUUUCAGAUAAAGGUCUGUGGAUCUCUAUCAACCUGUUAA